AUGCUCAGCUGGUCCCUGGUGCGGCGGUUCUACGGCCACACGGCGAUCCGCUGCACCAUUUCGAGCUUCAGCACCUUCUCCCGAGCUCUGUACAAGGCCAGCAACCACCUUCCCCCGCGUCCAACCCUGCCCGACGCCGAGAUCAAAGAGACGUACGUAAAGGGGACCGGACCCGGCGGCCAGAAGAUCAACAAGACGAAUUCCGCGGCUCAAUUGACGCACAUCCCGACGGGCAUUGUGGUCAAGUGUCAGGCCACGAGGAGCAAGAGCCAGAAUUAUACGAUUGCCCGGAGACUUCUGGCUGAGAAGGUAGAGGUGCUGCAGAAGGGGGAGGAGAGUCUGGCUGUCAAGGUGGUGGAGCGCAAGUCGAAAAAGAAGAGGAGUGCGGAUAAGAAGAAGCGCAGGAAGUAUCGACAGCUUGCUGGGGAGGUGGAAACAGAGAGCAAGGGAGCCGAUGAUGGCGAGGAGUGUAAUGGCUAUGGUGAGGCCGAUGAUGCGGAGGAAGCUGGACCGGAAGACCUUAGGGACGACAAGUCGAACGAGUCCGACGGCCUUCAGGACGAAAAGUUGAAUGGGCCGGAGAGCAACAGCGGCAGCUGCAACGCCCCAAAGCGAUCAGAGUUCUCGACAUGA